AUGGCUUACGGCUCUGCAGACCCCCGAAAAGUGAUCAAGACUGGGCCCGGUCAUGGCGAAGAAACCGACCCGUUACCAGGCCUCGAGAAGGAGCUCGCGAAGAGCAGAGUCGCUACGAUACCCUCCAUACAGCUGCCUCCAAUGACUGGUGGUGCAGUUGGCUACGUUGGAUAUGAUUGUGUCAAAUACUUUGAGCCCAAGACACGGCGAGAUGACAUGAAAGACGUCUUGGGCGUACCGGAGAGCUUCUUCAUGCUUUUCGAUACUCUAGUUGCACUGGAUCAUUUCGCCCAAGUCGUCAAGAUUAUAACAUAUGUCAAGGUCCCUGACAGCAUGGACCAGCUAGAGGAAGCAUAUGAGCAGGCCAAGACCACGCUCAGACGGGACCCUCAUGUCCCCAUGCCAGAACAAGGACCAAUUAAGCUUGGCAACGAGUAUAAAUCCAACAUUGGCCAGGAUGGUUACGAAGGCCACGUUAAGAAGCUAAAAGAGCACAUCAACGUAGGCGACAUCAUCCAAGCCGUGCCGUCACAACGUUUUGCAAGACCGACUUCUUUACACCCGUUUAAUGUGUACAGAAAUCUGCGCAACGUUAAUCCGUCGCCGUACUUGUUUUUCGUAGAUUGCGAGGACUUCCAGAUUGUCGGAGCAAGUCCGGAGCUAUUGGUUAAAGAAGAACAAGGCAGGAUCAUAACGCAUCCCAUUGCCGGAACCGUCAAGCGCGGCAAGACGCUACAGGAGGAUGCUGCGCUGGCUGAUGAGUUGUCCAGCUCACUCAAAGACCGGGCCGAACAUGUCAUGCUGGUGGACCUUGCCCGGAAUGACGUCAAUCGCAUCUGCGACCCACUGACCACUCGCGUCGACAAGCUCAUGGUGUUUUCACAUGUCCAGCACUUGGUUUCUGAAGUGUCAGGGGUGCUGCGCCCGGGCAAGACGCGCUUCGACGCCUUCCGCUCCAUUUUCCCUGCAGGGACUGUGAGCGGCGCACCAAAAGUGCGCGCCAUGGAAUUGAUCGCUGAACUCGAGCGAGAGAAGCGCGGCGUGUAUGCUGGUGCUGUUGGCUACUUUGGCUACGGCAACGUGGACGGCGACAAGGAGAUUGAAGGCGCCAUGGACACGUGCAUCGCGCUACGGACCAUGCUCCUCAAAGACGGCAUCGCUUACCUCCAAGCAGGGGGCGGCAUUGUGUUUGAUUCAGACCCGUACGAUGAGUGGAUGGAGACGAUCAAUAAGCUAGGUGCGAACACGCAUUGCAUCACCUCAGCUGAAGAGAAGCAUCUGGCCGAGCAGGAAGACGGCGAGGGCGGCGCGGACGGGGAUCUCCAAUAG